UCUAUAUAUUUCCCCACCAUCUACAUAUUUUACUUCAAACAUUUUGACGUGCCUACUUAACAGAUUUAAAACAUGGGUCUAUGUUUUGGAUGCAUUAAAGUAGAGCAGUCUAACGUUGCUGUGAAAGAACAUUUUGGCAAGUUUGAUAGAGUACUUCAACCUGGUUUUCACUGUAUGCCUUGGUGCUUCGGCUACAUGGUGGCUGGUAAACUGUCGUUGCGUGUGCAGCAGCUUGAUAUUCGUUGUGAGACAAAAACAAAGGACAAUGUGUUUGUUACUAUGGUUGCGUCUGUACAGUAUCGUGCAUUGUCUGAUAAGGCUGUUGAUGCUUUCUAUAAGCUCUCAAACACCAAGUUACAAGUUCAAGCUUAUGUCUUCGAUGUAAUUAGGGCAAGUGUACCGAAGCUCCAACUGGAUGACGUUUUUCUGCAAAAGAAUGAUAUAGCCAAAGGCGUUGAAGAUGAGCUUCAAAAGGCAAUGUCAGGUUAUGGUCUUAAGAUUGUACAAACUUUGAUUGUUGAUAUAGAACCAGAUCAACAUGUGAAGAAAUCCAUGAAUGAAAUCAAUGCAGCUGCUAGAAUGAGAGUUGCUGCAAAUGAAAAAGCAGAGGCUGAAAAGAUUCUUCAAAUCAAACGAGCCGAAGGAGAAGCAGAAUCCAAAUACUUAUCUGGACUUGGAAUUGCUAGACAGCGUCAAGCGAUUGUGGAUGGUUUGAGGGAUAGCGUGCUUGCGUUUUCUGAAAAUGUUCAAGGGACAUCAGCAAAAGAUGUGUUGAAUAGUAGAUAAUAUUAGGGCUAUUUGUGAUUUGAUAAACUAGUAAGAUGCAAGUAUAUAUAUGGCUACGUAUUAUAACGGCCGAUAUAACCUCUUCAAUUUAGUCAUCCAUCUAUUUACGUAUUUUAUAUUAAUAGAG